AACUGCUCAGAAUAGAGCUGUGACCUCAGCCACGAAAUGUGAAUUUAGAUUCUGGGGACGUUAACGGGACGGACUCCUCUCCUACCCUGGCUGCAACAGCGUCGUACCUUGGCGGCACCGUAACUCCUGGUCCAGGCGACAAAAUGGCAGAACACACUCUUUUCUUUGAUCCAUGAAUUCAAAAUCUUCUACUGUCAAGUUCCAUCCCUGGUGAACGUCAUAUGGAAUGCAUCUCCUUGUCUGUCGUUAAGCUAUGGUGACAUGUCUGUAGCUAUCAGAAAAAGGAGUUGGGAAGAGCAUGUGACCCAAAAGACUGGACAGCCUUUUAAUUCUGAUGAGUAUGACAUAGCAUGUCAUCACGGACUGGCAUCCGACAGCUUGCAGGCAAGUAUGGAAAAAGAUGCAACCUUAAAUGUGGACCAUAUAGAGAAGUGUGCCUCUCUACCAGACUGCUGCUGUGGGCCCGAGCCACGAGACUUCCCUGGGAAGCCAAUGGGUCACAUUUCACAGGAGGUGGAUGAUAGUGGCAGCCAGAAAGGGGACGAGCAGUUUCUGUCUCUGGAGGCCAGCACAGAGACGUUAGUGCACAUUUCUGAUGAGGAUACUGACUCUGAUCUCCACCUUACCGGUGAUGCACAGAUUUCAACUCCCCAAAGACAUGAACGAGACAGCCAAUGUAGUGAUGAAGGAGCAGGCUCCUUCCUCAAGACACUGUCCACUAUACAAAGUAACCAAGACUCAUAUAACUCCUGGAGGAAGGCUGGUGAAGCCAAUGUAUCUCCAGCAGAAGAAAGCGGGAAAAGGCAAGGUGCUGAUGCUGUAACUAAAAGCCUGGAGCUUUGUAAGGAUAUAAAUUCAAAGGAAACAAAAGAUGUGCCCAAAGAAAAUGCAUGUGAUUCUUUGAAUGUGGAAGAUACAACACCUGAGACCCAACUGCUUAAUUCUGCGGUAAUUGCGCAACAACGAAGGAAACCUGACUUCCCUAAAGAGGAACAGGAAAAAAAUCACCAGUGCGUAGCAGAAGACGAGUUCCUGGCUGCUCCUUAUGCCGACAGGGGACCGCCAUUAUUAAAAGCAGAUUUUGGAAGCUGCCUUUUGCAGCCUCCUUCCUGUGCGGGUGGAAUGUCAGCAGAAAGUGACCUGGACAAGAGCGGGUUCUCAGAACAUCAAAACAACAGCCCUCACAAGGUCAACGCAGACGAUGGCAUGCAGUGUUUACACUUAAGGGGCCCAGUGACCACCCAGGAGACCAUAGACAAUCAAGUCAGACUGCGCAAGAGAAAGGACACAAGGGACAAUCAAGACAGGCCACGGCUGGACUCCAUGGUGCUGCUAAUAAUGAAACUGGACCAACUAGACCAAGACAUCGAGAACGCUCUCAGCACUGCCUCUUCCCCAUCCAGUACCCCGACGAACCUGCGACGGCAUGUCCCUGAUCUGGAAUCAGGAUCUGAAAGCAGGACAGAUAGUAUCUCAGUAAAUCAGACGCAGGUGACUCUGUCUUCUAACACUGACUCCACCGAUUCAUGGUCCACUCCAGAGAGCAUUUCUGGAACAAAACCCAAGGCAAUGGAAAAUGUGAAGUGCAGUGGGAAAAUAGUAUUUGACUCUAAAAGGUAA